AGGAACGUAGCGUCAUUUUAAUAUUUAUGAUCCGGAAGACGUUCCGUUUGAGAAGAUUACCCAAGAUGCUCGGCGUGCUUGUAGCAGGGGGGAAUGUAUGACAAUGGCAACAAAUACUACAGAAAAUAACCCACCUUUCGACUGUCCAUCAUGGGCAGGGAAGCCUCCAGCAGGACUGCAUCUGGACGUGGUGAAAGGAGACAAACUCGUUGAGAAACUGAUCAUUGAUGAAAAGAAGUAUUAUCUGUUCGGGAGGAACCCAGACAUCUGUGACUUCACCAUCGAUCAUCAGUCGUGUUCUCGCGUGCAUGCGGCGCUCGUCUACCACAGGCAUCUGAAAAGAGUGUUUCUCAUCGACCUCAACAGCACACAUGGGACGUUCCUGGGACACAUUCGCCUGGAGCCCCACAAGCCCCAGCAGGUUCCCAUCGACUCCACCAUGUCGUUUGGUGCAUCCACUCGUGUUUACACCAUCCGGGAGAAACCUCAGGGUCAGCCGGGCUCCGGCGUCGGGGACAGUAAAACCGGGGACGAGGAGGAGCUGAAGGGUCUUCUGGGACUCCCACAGGAAGAGACUGAACUGGAGAACCUGACCGAGUUCAACACCGCUCAUAACAAGCGCAUCUCCACCCUCACCAUAGAGGAGGGCAACCUGGAUAUUCAGAGACCCAAGAGGAAAAGGAAGAACUCCAGAGUGAGCUUCAGUGAAGAGGAUGAGAUCAUUAACCCAGAGGACAUCGACCCCUCUGUUGGACGUUUCAGAAACAUGGUCUCAACAGCUGUGGUUCCUAUUAAGAAGAAGAAACUGGGCGGAGGCAAUGCGCUGGGAAUCGAGGAAACCGUGACCCGACACAUGCACAUGUUCCCUCUGCAGGGUGGACUCUACAGAGACCUCCCCCCGGCCAGUCAUGAAGCCCAAUCCACAGGAGCGCCCGGCGGGGCCACAAUAAUGGGAGGACUGCCGUUACCCCUGCCCAACCCGGCCCCAGACGUAGACCUGGCCCAGCAGGCCCCGCCCCCUCCGCUCGUGCUCAACCCCACGCCGUUACCCGGCCCCUACGCCUCCGACCCGCUCAGCGAACCCCGCAAGAAGAAGUACGCUAAAGAGGCAUGGCCUGGCAAGAAGCCCACGCCGUCUCUUCUCAUUUAGCUGGGUAUUACUAAUACAAGACACUUCUUUACCCAUGAACUCUAUCUUGAAGAAUCUGGCAAACAGACUUUGAUUUCGACUGCGCUACAAGAAUCUGAUUGAUUGCAAGAAUUUUGUAGUUUUUUUAAAGAAGAUCUUUCCUCCUAAAUGAGCAUUGGCUCACUCUCGUGUCAUUCCAGACCCAUGGUACAUUCUAAGUUCACUGAGAUGCAAAAGGCCGAUUUCCUCUUUUGCACAGUUCAGUGAAAGAACCGUAAAAGUGCAUUUUGACUUAUUUUGCUCUGUUCCUCACAGAAUAAUCUGGUUUUAAUCAUUCAUUUUUGUUUUGUCGAAAGAGCUCCCUGGACGUUUAGGAUGCAUUAGAUCUUUUGUGUUUCAUAGGAAUGUUGCAAUGACAUGAGGCUGAGUAGAUGAUGUAAUUGAAUGCAUUUUGAUUGAUCUAUUUCUUUAAAAUGCCAGCUUGAACGUGAGCCCCUAAUGAAAAGCAGACACAAGUACAUAGGCUAAACAUGACAUUUUGCUGUUUGUAUCAGGUUAAGAUGUCUUUUUUUUUCUUCUUCAUAUUACUAUUUAUGUGAAAUUAUUGAAAACGUACUACUAGACGAACCACAAACCCUGUUUUUGGUUUCAAAACUGAUGAAAUGUCUGUAAUAUUGCAACAUUACCUUGUGAAGAUCUUUUUACUCUGCUGUUCCACACUGUAUUAGUUUCAUACACUAUUUCCCCCUUCAUAUAUACACACUGAGAGCAGCAGGGUUUCAAAUGAACUGUUCGCUGAUGGUUCAUCAGGAGUCAAUGUCUACAGUCUUCACUGUUAAAAAGAGAAAGAAAAAAUGUUUAUACUCUUGUUCUGUUUGGUACAUUUGAUGUUUGUACAUAUCCUUCACAAUAAAAGCCAGUGUAUUUUUAUAUAUUUAAA